AUGCAAAAGUUGAAAGCUGUUAAGGAUAAGCUCAGAGUGUGGAAUAAGGAAGUCUUUGGUGAUGUUAAACUUGCUCUACAGCAAACUGAAACUGAGCUUCACCAUUUUGAGUUAUUAGCCGAAGAGAGACAACUUAGCGAGGUUGAAAAGACUUCAAGAUGCAAAACCAAAUCUGAAUUUUGGAGACUCUUUCGCUUGAUUGAAUCCAAGUUUAGGAGGAAUAUGAUGGGUUCAAUUAAGGCUAAUGGAAGAUUAGAGGAAAAUCCCAAGGAAAUUAAAGAUGCAGCUGUUGAAUAUUUUUGCACCAACUUCAAAGAGGAACAAAGAACUAGAACUACUUUAGGAGGGGUGUUUAUCAGAAAACUUAGUCCCCUAGUAUCUUCUGAUUUGGAAAAGCAGUUUGAUGAGGGAGAGAUAGUCUCAGCUCUAAAAGGAUGCAGUAGCCUUAAGGCACCAUGCUUUGAUGGCUUUAACUUCUCCUUUAUCAGGAAAGGAUGGGUUGAUUGCCCUACUAGGUUUAAGGAGUUUAGACCAAUUAGUAUGGUGGGGAUCUUGGAUGGUGUUCUAAUAGCUAAUGAAGUAAUACAUAGCUGGAAAAAUAGGUCACAGGAGGCCUCAUUCUCAAAAUUGAUUUUGAGAGAGCAUAUGAUUAUGUGA